CCUUCCUCGCCGUCCCCGACAGACCCCGGCAUGGACGGGCCCGCCGCCGAGGCGCUCUUGGCCCCGCUCAGGCAGGCGGUGCGGCAGCAGGGAGAACUUGUUCGAAAGUUGAAGGACGAGAAGGCUCCUCAGGUGGAUGUAGACAAAGCAGUAGCUGAGCUCAAGGCUCGGAAGAGAAUCCUAGAAGCAAAGGAACUGUCUUUGCAGCCUAAGGAUGAUAUCGUGGAGAGACCUAAAAUGGAAGACACCCUGAAACGAAGAUUUUUCUACGAUCAGGCGUUUGCUAUUUAUGGAGGUGUAAGUGGCCUGUAUGAUUUUGGCCCGGUUGGCUGUGCUUUGAAGAACAACAUAGUCCAAGCCUGGAGGCAGCACUUCAUCCAGGAAGAGCAGAUUCUCGAGAUCGACUGCACCAUGCUCACGCCAGAGCCGGUUCUGAAGACCUCAGGCCAUGUAGACAAAUUUGCGGACUUCAUGGUGAAGGAUGUGAAAAACGGGGAGUGUUUUCGAGCUGACCACCUCCUAAAAGCUCAUUUGCAGAAGCUGAUGUCUGACAAGAAAUGCACAACGGAGAAGAAGACUGAAAUGGAGAAUGUGCUAACGCAGUUGGACAACUAUGGCCAGGAAGAGCUUGCAGAUCUGUUUGUGAAUUACAACGUGAAGUCCCCCAUUACAGGAAAUGACCUCACUCCCCCUGUGUCUUUCAACCUUAUGUUCAAGACCUCUAUUGGGCCAGGAGGAAACAUGCCAGGUUACCUGAGGCCGGAAACUGCACAAGGGAUCUUCCUGAACUUCAAACGCCUUUUGGAGUUUAACCAAGGCAAACUGCCUUUUGCUGCUGCUCAGAUCGGGAACUCCUUCAGAAAUGAGAUCUCGCCUCGCUCAGGCCUCAUCAGAGUCAGAGAAUUCACAAUGGCGGAAAUUGAGCACUUUGUGGAUCCCUGUGAAAAACAUCACCCCAAGUUCCAGAACGUAGCAGACCUCCACAUUCUCCUGUAUUCCUCCAAAGCCCAAACCAGUGGGCAAUCAGCUCGUGCCAUGCGCCUGGGGGAUGCUGUUGAGCAGGGUGUCAUCAAUAACUCGGUGUUGGGUUACUUCAUUGGCCGCAUCUACCUCUACCUCGUAAAAGUCGGCAUCUCUCCAAGCAAGCUGCGCUUCCGACAGCAUAUGGAGAACGAGAUGGCUCAUUAUGCCUGUGACUGCUGGGAUGCAGAGUCCAAAACAUCCUAUGGGUGGAUUGAAAUUGUUGGCUGUGCUGACCGCUCCUGCUAUGACCUCUCCUGCCACGCCAGAGCCACCAAAGUUCCUCUUGUAGCUGAGAAGCCUCUGAAGGAACCCAUAUCAGCGAACGUCGUUCAGUUUGAAGCCAAUAAGGGGGCUGUUGGCAAAGCUUACAAGAAGGAUGCCAGACUGGUGCUGGAAUACCUCGCCAUCUGUGAUGAGUGUUACAUCAGCGAGAUGGAAAAACUAUUGAAUGAAAAAGGGGAAUUUACUAUUGAAACUGAAGGGAAAACUUUUCAAUUAACAAAGGACAUGGUCAGUGUGAAGAGAUUCCAGAAGACCUUACAUGUGGAAGAGAUUGUUCCCAAUGUGAUUGAGCCUUCGUUUGGUAUUGGAAGAAUCAUGUAUACAGUAUUUGAGCACACGUUCCGCAUCCGGGAGGGAGAUGAACAGCGAACGUUCUUCAGCUUCCCUGCUGUCGUGGCACCAUUCAAAUGCUCCGUCCUUCCCUUGAGCCAGAACCAAGAGUUCAUACCAUUUGUGAAAGAACUAUCCGAAGCUCUGACCAAAAACGGGGUCUCCCACAAGGUGGAUGAUUCCUCUGGAUCCAUCGGCAGGCGUUACGCCAGAACGGAUGAGAUUGGCGUAGCUUUUGGGAUCACGAUUGACUUUGACACGGUCAACAGGACGCCACACACGGCUACCUUGAGAGACCGCGACUCAAUGCGCCAGAUACGAGCUGAGAUCUCUGAGCUUCCGACCAUAGUUCGGGAUCUUGCAAAUGGCAACAUAACCUGGGCUGACGUGGAGGCCAAGUAUCCACUCUUUGAGGGACAAGAGACUGGCAAAAAGGAGACAAUAGAGGAAUAAAGCGAACUACCAGAAAUGAAACCUUAUCGAGAAGUCUACUUUUUACUGUUGAUGUUAAUAUGAAAUUUUAUCAUGUGUAUUAUUCAAAACCGCAUUGUUUGUGCAUCCAGGGACUGUCUGGUUCUUCUCUUCCUCUCCUCCCCCCACCCCCCAGUGCUGCCUAAUUUGAACACCCAUCUCCAAUAACCACCAUGAAAAUGAAUAAAAACAUGGCUGCAUUGGCUUGCUCU